AUGACUACGGCUCAUCGACCAACCUUCGACCCAGCCCGGGGCAAAGAAGCCCAGAGAGGACCUGCAUAUCAUCAGCGACUUCUCCCUGCUCAUACACAUCUCAAAGUCAGGCAGCCAGGACAAGGAGGAGCAGCAGAUGCUCAACCAGAGACUCGAGAUUUACGCGCCGAGCUUUUAAAAGCCGAAGCUGCUCAUUUUGCCAAACUUAAGGGGGGACCUGGGCCGUCGAAUGCUGAUGCUGAGCCGUCUGUUCCCAAACGACAGCUGGAAUCCGCGCCGGAGCAAGAUGAUAUCGCAGACGAAGAUCCGCAAGCGAAGCGGCGAAGAAUAUUGGAAGAAACGCGAGAUAUAGAUGCAGAUUCGGACGGCGGGGACUCGGACAGCAGCGAAGAAGAUAGCGAUGACGAAGAAGAUGAAACUGCAGAAUUAAUGCGAGAAUUAGAGAAAAUAAAGCGAGAAAGGGCAGAACAACGGGAGAGAGAGGAACAAGAACAAGCUGCAAAAGAACAAGAGAAACGGGAAAUUGAGAUUGCUCGAGGAAAUCCAUUGCUCAACCCGCAAGAUUUUAAUAUUAAGCGACGAUGGGACGACGAUGUCAUCUUCAAGAACCAAGCUCGAGGCACAGAAAACAAAGGUGACAAGGAAUUUGUUAAUGAUUUACUACGGUCCGAUUUCCACAAGCGAUUCAUGUCUAAGUAUGUCCGGUAA